AUGAAGUUAAACCUCAUCGUCUUCCUCGCUCUGGCCAUGCUGGCUUGCCUCUCCAACGCAUACAUGGAUCCCGUGCAACCCAAAAAGUGCAAAACGAAUGCUGAUUGUGGAGAUGGUGCAGAUGAUCAAUGUGUCGGUGGAUUAUGUUUUGAAGUUGUCAAAACACCAAAAAACAUUGACACUCUCACCGCUGAAGGAACACCAAAGCGCAAGGGAGCUAUUCCUCCAACGAAGUGCGAGUUCUCCGCCGACUGCUUUGGAGGCGCCGACAACGAGUGUUGCCCAGAUUUUAAGAAACACUGA